UAUAGGUAAAUAAAUACAAACAUAUCAUAGAAACACAAAAAAUCUCUUCAAUCUGGAAUAAAUUGUUCCAAAAGGUUUCGAAAGCAGAUUUUUUGGAAAUAUUAAUAUUAAAUUAAACAUUUGUUACAUCUUGAACGGAAUUCCAUGGCGAAUACUUGCAAUUUCUGUGCCUAUAAAGACCAACAUGUUGUGGAACUCACUGAAAGCCCAAUCGUGCACGAAAUAUCUAUUCUGGAUAUAGCAGCAAAACAUUUCUGGUUCACUAACAAUGAACUUAAAUCAUUUUACAUCUGUAACUCCUGUCGGAAUAAGCUGCUGGAAUUCCAUCAGUUCUAUAACCAAGUGGAAAAAAUAUACUCUGCUGAUCCUGAAGCUGACCAAAUCAAAUUGGAACCGAGUGCGAUUGAGACAGAUGCGAAUCAUACUGAGAUAGAUAUCACCAAUAUCAAAUUGGAAACGAACGAUAUCGAUGACGAACAAGUUAUCGAAACCGACGUUGGAAGCGAUGACCCCGAAGAAAACGACUGUCCUGAAAUGGACAAUAAGGAAGGUUUGGCGAAAGGGUUCUACCGUCGGGUUACCGAUGAGGAUAUUCGUCUCUUCUGCCAGCUAAAGUGCCAAAUCUGCUCAGAUGAAUUCGAUAGUUUUGCCUUCCUAAAACUUCACUCUCACAAAGUCCACAACCAGAAGAGCUUCGUGGACUGCUGUGGCAAUCGGUACAGUGAAAUUGCCCGCCUACAGGAGCACAUUCUUCUUCACAUCGAUCCGAGCAUUUUUCGCUGCAAAGUGUGUGACCUGGCAAUGAGUUCGCGGCGCAGUCUAUUACGGCACCGGGACCGUGUGCACCUAUCGGAAAACGUGAAGCCAUUCCAGUGCAAGAUGUGCCCCAAACGGUACGCCAAACAGUACCUGUUGAAUGUCCAUUUGAAGUACAAUCACCAACCAACAAACAGAAUCAAACGAAUCGUAGACCAUCAAUGCUUGCACUGUUCGAAGGAGUUCAAAUUUCAAAAGGCGCUUGCGAACCAUCUUCAAAAAGUGCACCAUGUGGAUCAAAAUCAGUUCAUUUGUGGUGAAUGAUUUAUGCUUUUAUAAAGUAAACGUUAUUAUUUGAAGUAACUGCAAA